UCAUCUCCACCUGACCUUCUGCGAUCGGUAACCUCUCCCCAGAUUCAUUCAUUUACGUGUUGGACUCCCCGAUCUCUCUCUCUCUCUCUCUCUCUCUCUGAACUGCGGCAGAUCUGUACACAGCACUGUCCGCGCGGUCGGUGAUGGCUCCGCCGGCUCAAUCUCACCGAUCUCCGUCGCCCUCUCAACCUUCCGGAAAAGGGGAAGUAUCAGAUUUAAAGUCACAGCUCCGGCAGCUAGCGGGCAGCCGAGCUCCAGGAGUAGAUGACUCCAAGCGCGAGCUAUUUAAGAAGGUCAUUUCCUACAUGACGAUAGGCAUAGAUGUCUCAUCUCUCUUUGGUGAAAUGGUGAUGUGCUCGGCAACAUCAGAUAUUGUUUUGAAGAAAAUGUGUUACUUGUAUGUUGGGAACUAUGCCAAGGUUAACCCGGAUCUUGCUCUAUUGACGAUUAACUUUCUCCAAAGGGACUGCAAGGACCAGGAUCCAAUGAUUAGAGGGCUAGCAUUGCGGAGCUUGUGUUCAUUGAGAGUUGCAAAUUUGGUGGAGUAUUUGGUUGGACCCUUAGGAUCAGGGUUAAAGGACAGUAAUAGUUAUGUAAGGAUGGUGGCUGUGAUUGGGGUUUUGAAACUAUAUCACAUAUCAUCUUCAACAUGUAUGGAUGCAGACUUCCCAGCCAUACUGAAGCAUUUGAUGCUUAAUGACCCUGAUACCCAGGUGUUAGCAAAUUGUUUAUCAGCCUUACAAGAGAUUUGGACUGCUGAAGCAAGCAAAUCUGAGGAAGCAUCCCGGGAAAGAGAUGCUUUACUUAGCAAGCCAGUGAUAUAUUACCUCUUGAAUCGGAUUAAGGAAUUUAGUGAAUGGCCACAAUGUCUGGUGCUGGAGUUAGUAGCUAAAUACGUGCCUUCAGACAGUAAUGAAAUCUUUGACAUCAUGAAUCUCCUUGAGGACAGACUUCAGCAUGCAAACGGUGCUGUUGUAUUAGCUACUAUCAAGGUGUUUCUGCAGUUGACCUUGUCCAUGACAGAUGUUCAUCAACAGGUCUACGAACGUAUUAAAGCUCCUCUGCUAACCCUAGUGAGCUCCGGCAGUCCUGAGCAAUCUUAUGCAGUUUUGAGUCAUCUGCAUCUGUUGGUGAUGCGUGCACCAGUUUUAUUUUCUUCAGACUACAAACAUUUCUACUGCCAGUACAAUGAAUCAUUCUAUGUCAAGAAGUUGAAGCUUGAAAUGCUUACAGUGGUUGCAAAUGAGAGUAACACCUAUGAAAUUGUAACGGAGUUAUGUGAGUAUGCUGCAAAUGUUGACAUACCUAUCGCCAGAGAAUCCAUUCGAGCUGUCGGAAAGAUUGCACUUCAGCAAUAUGAUGUCAAUGCAAUUGUGGACAGGCUCCUUCAAUUUCUUGAAAUGGAAAAGGACUAUGUGACUGCUGAAACAUUGGUUUUAGUAAAAGAUUUGCUAAGAAAAUAUCCCCAGUGGAGCCAAGAUUGCAUUGCCGUUGUUGGAAAUAUCAGUAGUAAGAAUGUUCAGGAGCCCAAAGCAAAGGCAGCUCUUAUAUGGAUGUUGGGGGAGUAUUCUCAAGACAUGCAGGAUGCUCCUUAUAUAUUGGAAAGCUUAGCUGAAAAUUGGGAUGAUGAGCAUUCUCCCGAGGUUCGUCUUCAUCUUCUAACAGCGGUAAUGAAGUGCUUCUUCAAAAGGCCACCAGAGACGCAAAAGGCCCUUGGGGCAGCGUUGGCUGCUGGCCUUGGUGAUUUUCACCAGGACGUUCAUGACAGAGCCUUGUUCUACUACAGGCUUCUGCAAUUCAAUGUUUCUACAGCAGAACGUGUAGUUAACCCACCAAAGCAAGCUGUUUCCGUUUUUGCAGAUUCUCAGAGCAGCGAAAUCAAAGACCGCAUUUUUGAUGAGUUCAAUAGUCUCUCUGUUGUGUACCAAAAGCCAUCUUAUAUGUUUACUGACAAGGAGCAUCGCGGGCCGUUUGAGUUUUCAGACGAACUUGGUAACUUAUCUAUUGGGGCAGAGUCCAUAGAUAAUUGUGUUCCAGUGCAGCAGGUCGAGGCCAAUGACAAGGACCUCCUCUUAAGCACUUCGGAGAAGGAAGAUGUUAGGGUUCCAACUAACAAUGGCUCUGCCUACAGUGCUCCUUCAUAUGAUUCAUCUGCAUCUCUUUCUGCUUCGCAAACGUCGACCGAUCUAGUGACUUUAGAACCUGCUUUACCUCGUCAAGCCUCUCCUAGCUUGGCCAUAGACGAUCUUCUUGGUCUAGGUUUAUCAACCACACCUAUGCCAGCUCCUCCUCCUCCUUUGAGUCUCAAUUCCAAGGCUAUCUUGGAUCCGGGAACUUUCCAGCAGAAGUGGCGCCAGUUAUCUAUAUCUUUAUCUCAGGAACUUCCUGUUAGUCCUCAAGGAAUUGCAGCCCUAACAGCACCACAGGCCCUCAUAAGGCACAUGCAGGGCCACUCCAUCCAUUGCAUCGCAUCGGGAGGCCAAUCCCCAAACUUCAAGUUCUUCUUCUUUGCCCAGAAAUUGGAAGAACUGUCCAAUUUCCUGGUGGAGUGUAUAAUCAACAUAUCAAACUCUAAAUCACAGAUUAAGAUCAAAGCAGACGAUCAGACUUCAUCGCAGGCCUUCUUGGACCAGUUCCAGUCCGCCUUGUCCAAAUUCGGUACGCUAUGAUGGUCUUCUUGGGUAUUUUGCUUCCUCUGCCGAGAGCGGCCAUUAUCUUAUUGUUAUGAAAUGCGACAACUUGAGUCCCUUUGUGUGGGAAGGAAAGAUCAAAUGUAUAUGAGAACAGGAAGAAUAUAGCAGGCGGGGUAUUUGGCUCCAAUUUGUACGGUUUUCUCUGUUGCUAAGCUUUAUAUAAUCGGCUGCUUCAGUUGUGCAGUUAGGUUAGUUAUGUACCUUUUCCCGUCGGUACUCUCUGGGCCAAUUUCUUUUUUGAUUCUGAGAUGUAUUGCGAUUGUUUUUAGAUGAGUUGCAUAGAGGUGGCAGUUCGGUUCAACUAUUCAUGACACUAACAUUGUAAAGGUUCUAUUCAGAAACUGGUCUAUGGUCUUGUCUGUUUACUUUUCUUGGAACAGUUACUGUUGUUCAAUUCAAUGUAUGGAUUAGUUGGAUCAA